AUGAAGCUCUCCAACGUUUCUCUUUUGGCUUACACUGGCCUUGCCUCAGCCCUUACUCAACAAUGCACUGGCAAAGCCGUCAACGAGGGCGGUAACUGGUUCUGCGGUGCUAUUGAGGAGAUCAUCUACCAAGGAUUUUCAAGCAAGGGUAGCUAUCAGGCUGUGAGCAAGAUGGGUGGUGAUGGGUCUUGCCAGAGAGAGUCCGUCUCAUACGAUGGUGCUCUUGGACCCCUUAGCGAGGAUCUAUCUGUUCAUAUCCGUGGCCCUUUCAAGCUCAAGGAAUUCGCCGUUUACAACCUCGGUUCGAGCAAGAACAAGCGUGACACCGAGAGUGCGCCCUCUCCUCACCUCCAUGGUCAUCGCCAUCUCCAUGAACAACGCAAGAAGAAACGUGCGGAAUGGGUCACCGCUACUAUUGACGGAAAGGUUGUCUCCUGGAAGAACAACUGGUUCGGUCCUUCUGCUACUAAGGCUCCUUCUGCUGUUGCCGGUGCUCCUACAAACAAGGCAAAUGAGCCUGUACCCAAGCUCAAGGAGACAGAGAAGAAAACUCCCAAGAAGGAUGAUAUUUCAAAGACAAAGCCGUAUGGUGGUUCUUCUAGAGGAAACUGGGAGCGCACCUCCUACUACAACGCCCAGCAGCGAGUUGCUGACAACGUCAUGUUCUUGGGUAAUUAUGGUGGCGAGGGCUCUGGUGUUUUUGACAACACCUGGGGAAACUCCCUCUCUUAUCUCAACGCCAAGGGAACUGGUGGCUCUUCGUCUCCCAAGGUCCUGAAGCACAUUUAUAUCCCCUCUAACAAGGAAUUCUCUAUUUGGAGCGCCGAGAAGUGCGACGAGAGCUGUGGUUACUCCCGUGCCAAGGAUGUCGCAUACAAGGGCUUCUCCGGUUCCAACAAGAUCUUUCUCUUCCAGUUCAAGAUGCCUUUCGAUGGCAACACCGGCUUCAACGGCGACAUGCCCGCCCUCUGGGCCCUCAACGGCCGUAUUCCCCGCACCGGCCAAUACAGCGAGUGCAGCUGCUGGAAGACCGGCUGUGGUGAGGUCGACAUUUACGAAGUCCUCGCUUCGGGCGACGACAAGUGCAAGAGCACUUUUCACAUGAACAACGGCGCUGGAAGCUCCGACUACUUCAAGCGUCCUGCCGACAAGUACAUCAAGGCCGCCGUCGUGUUCUGUGAGCGAACCUCGAGCGUUGCUAUUAAGCAGCUGCCUGAUAGCUUCGACUUUGGCUCGUCUUUGAGUGAUGAGACUGUUCAGUCUUGGGUCAAAGAGAUGACUUCUCACAAGAAGGGCAGCAGCAUAUUCCAGAUCGCAGCCUAG